UUUUUCCGAUUUCAAUGCCACCUUCCCCUUCUUAUAUUCUGCACUUGCCACUCACUUCUCUUCAUCUCUCUCUCUCUCUCUCAAUCUCUUUCAUUCUCUCUAGUAGUAAGUGGUGAGGCAUUUUGAGUGAGAAAAAAAAAAUGGGUGAUAUUUCUAAUUGCUCUAAUGGCAUUAACAAUGGGAAUGGGAAUGGGAAUGGGAAUGGGAAUGGUAUUCAUGGAAAUGGACAUUCAUCAGUGGGAGGUUAUAGGAAAAGUUGUUGGUAUGAGGAAGAGAUUGAAGAGAACUUGAGGUGGUGUUUUGCUCUCAAUAGUAUUUUGCAUACAGGAGUAACUCAGUACCAGGACAUUCAACUUUUGGAUACAAAACCCUUUGGAAAGGCACUGGUUAUUGAUGGAAAGCUUCAAAGUGCAGAGAUAGAUGAGUUCAUCUACCAUGAAUCUCUUGUCCAUCCUGCACUUCUUCAUCAUAUAAAUCCAAAAACCAUCUUUAUCAUGGGAGGAGGUGAAGGUUCAACUGCAAGAGAACUACUCAGACACAAGACAGUAGAGAAGGUUAUCAUGUGUGAUAUUGAUGAGGAGGUUGUGGAUUUUUGCAAGUCAUACUUAGUGGUGAACAGGGAAGCUUUUUGUGAUCCCAGACUAGAGCUCAUUAUCAAUGAUGCCAGGGCUGAGCUUGAAAGGAAAGAAGAGUGCUAUGAUGUGAUUGUUGGGGACCUGGCAGACCCAAUUGAAGGAGGCCCAUGUUAUAAACUCUAUACGAAGUCCUUCUAUGAAUCCAUUGUUAAACCAAGACUUAAUCAGAAUGGCAUUUUUGUCACACAAGCAGGACCAGCUGGAGUUUUCAGCCACAUAGAAGUUUUUACUUGCAUUUGCAACACUCUAAGGCAGGUUUUCAAAUAUGUUGUGCCUUAUUCAGCUCAUAUUCCUUCCUAUGCUGACAUUUGGGGAUGGGUCAUGGCGUCAGAUUCCCCAUUCACGCUAAGUGCGGAUGAAUUGGAUCUAAGAAUGAAGCAGAGGAUCGAAGGGGAGAACAGAUAUCUAGAUGGGAAAACAUUCACAUCAGCGUCCACAUUGAGCAAAGCGGUCAGAAAAUCAUUGGACAAUGAGACUCAUGUUUACACAGAGAAAAGUGCAAGGUUCAUAUAUGGUCAUGGCAAACACAAUCAAGCUUGACUAGCAAAGAGAGACAUAUGAGACUACUACAAUGUUGAAAACAAUCUUCCUCUCAUUUAUGGUUUUCUCUGUUUUUUCUUUUCUUUCCUUCUCUUUUCUCUUCUCUUCUUUUUCUUUGUUUAUGGUUUAUUUGUUUCUCCUUAUGUAGUUACUUCAAAGGAAUGAUAUAAUGGUAAUGUAUGAUCUGGGUUUUGUGCUCAGUUUCGAGAUGUUUAUGGAAAUCAUAUGACCUGACUCUCAAAUUGAAAAUUUAUUCAAUA